AUGUACACUGCUCCUGUGCAGGAGUCGCCCUUGUUGCCGCCGGAUGCUCCAUUUCGACAGCGCUCAGCAAUCAGUUGUCGGGGAAUUGACCUUCAAGGAGGCGAGGAAGAGUCGUCGUCGUUCGAAGAGAUCAAGGAUGCGGAUGACUCGGGCGGCACGAAAUACCGCCACAAAGCCUUCGCCCAGAAGAUCGUCUCCAAGGUCCCAAAGAUGCUCAGUGCAACGAGAACGCUUAUCUUGACCGUGCGGGUCGCUCCCAGGUUUGCGAAGCUGAAGGAAGGAUAG